CCAAACUCAAAAGCUUUGCCAUCUCUUUUCUCCACAACCUUCCUCCUUGAGCUUUUGUCACACAAAAUAAGAAGAAAAUGGAGUUUCAAAACCCCAACAACAAAUCAAACUCAACCUUAGAAAGUACCCCAAAUGGUCAAACUUUAGAUUCCCAUGAAUACUAUGAUGACAGCACUUGCUCCACACCCUAUGUAAGUGCUCCUUCAAGCCCUGGUCGGGCGCCUGGUCCGGGUCCCGGCUCCAUCAAUGGCUAUGGUUGUGGUGGGUUCUAUUACAGUGCACCAUCCAGUCCUAUGCAUUUCUCCAUCACCUCGGUUGCUUCAAAGGUAUCAUCAACUCAACCAUCUUCUCCUGAUAACAACAACUCAGUGGCACUCGGUUUUGAGUUCGAGUUCUCUGCGAGAUACGGGUCUUCUUCAUCACGGUCGGGUCAAACAGGAUCCAUGAGCUCGGCUGAUGAGCUUUUCUUGAAUGGGAAGAUCAGACCUAUGAAGCUGUCCACUCAUUUGGAAAGGCCACAAGCCUUGGCUCCUUUGAUGGAUAUUCAACAUGAAGAAGAAGAAGAAGAAGAAGAUGAUGAUAAUAAAGAAAGAGGUAGAGAUCUGAGGUUGAGGGUUAAGUCGUUAAGUUUAAGGAGAAGGACAAGAUCCAUGUCCCCUUUGAGAAACAAUAAUGCCACUUUUGGUCUCACCAUUGAUGACCAAACUCAAAGCUUGGAGUACAAGAAAGCCGACAUCAACGAAACAAGUGCUGCUUCUUCAAGGUCUUCUUCAGCAGGAAGAAGCUCAAAGAGAUGGAUUUUUCUCAAAGAUUUCUUGAGGAGCAAGAGUGAAGGAACUGGAAGAAGCAACAACAAGUUCUGGUCAACCAUUUCAUUCUCUCAAGCAACAAAAGAAAAGAAACCAGCAGAGAAUCAAAGAAGCAAUAAGAUCAACAAUAAGCCUGUCAAUGGGGUAAUGAAAAGGAGGGUGGUUCCACCAUCUCCACAUGAGCUGCAUUACACUGCAAAUAGAGCACAAGCCGAAGAAAUGAGGAAGAAGACCUUUUUGCCUUACAGGCAAGGCCUACUUGGGUGCUUGGGGUUCAGUUCAAAAGGCUAUGGCGCCAUGAAUGGCUUCUGUAGAGCUUUGAACCCUGUUUCCUCAAGGUAAAUAUUAGAGGUACCAUAUGUAUAGAAGACUAUUCAUAAGUUUAUUUUUACAGUUAGAUUCUAUAAUGUUAUGAACUUGUUGAACCAAAUGGGUAUGUUGUGCCGGUGUUGAGAAAUCAAUGAGAACAGUAUACUUAGCCAUUAUUGAUGUAUUUAUAAGAUUUUAAAAGG